GUGAGUCGCCAUGACCCCAUGUCAAGUUACGUCUCAAUAAUUCAUAUAUCCGGCCGAGUAUAGGUAUCUGCAAAGUACCCUGAUAGGGAACUCUUAUCCGAAUGACGAAAAUAUCCUAUUGUAUUGUUCUUUCUAUCUUGAGGAUCACAUGAAUCCUCCGAGUCAUCGACAAGGUUCGAGCAUCAGACCUCAGGUUUAUAGCAGCUGCUUGUUGCCAUAUUCACAUAAUCUUCCUUCGAAGGAAACGAACUCGUUAUUUUUACCCUCCGAGCUUAUCAUCAUCAAUCGCUCGCACGAGUCUUGGUAUAUAACCAAGGAAAUCACCGCAACAGAUUGCCCCAGCUCCCGCCAGUUUUUAGUUAUAUCCCAUGUCUCCCCCAAUGGCUAGCACAACAGUUCGAAUAUCCGCGAACUUUGGACCUGCGAGCCAAUUCGAAAACUUACCUGCGACCUUCAUCCAGCUGAAGGGCCGGACAGCUCACGAACAGGGCGAGAUUUAUCUACAAUUAUCGCUGACAGCCCUGCGAGAGCUGGCCGACUUGUUGGAAAACGAUCGUCUCUCAGCAACUGAUAAAGCUACCUACAAUCGAGCUUACACCGCUGGAAAGUUUCAAUAUGAUCAAGCGGUAAAACUCAGAGACCAGCUUCAGAUGCAGAAGAAAUCUUUCCGCAAGUUCAUUGUCAACCUUUUCGUCCGUGAGUCGGAUGCCAAGCACUUUCGUAAAGUCACAUAUCGGAUUUAUAAGGGCAUCAAAAGAACUUCAGAAGACCUGGCCAGACGUUUGCUGCCGGAAAAAGAUGAUACCCUUGUAUUUGGAAGCCCAGGGGAGUCCACACAAGACCACGCCUCUGUUUGUGAGGAGAAUCUGUGUGUUGAGGUAGAAGGCAGUCUUUCAGUCACCGAUCUUCCCCCGAACGAAACCAUCCGAGGCCUCAAUGUGGAUAUACAUAAUGAACAAGAAGAACAAGAGGUCUUUACGAUGCUUAGUCGAAUAGCAAAAGCUAGAGAGGCAGACGGAGAAGAAGCAGAAUAUGAUGAUCAAACCACCAUCAGACCCUCGCCCUCACACAGUAGACCGCCGUCUCCUAGCCCCAGCUGCGCAAUCAGUGUUUUUUACAAUUUCAACCAAAGCGUGGUGUCCUUUGAUUCAGAAUCGACAGGAACAACACUGAACUUCGGACUAAAUGAAGGUUUGUCAUGUUCGCUGCCGAUGUUAUCCUGCGAUGUUCAACGACAAUGACAGGGAUCGGCUCUGCUUGUAGUUGAAUACUGGAUACCAACGACUCAGUUGGAAUAUUGUUUUGAUGGUUGUGGCACGUCCAAUAUUAUGUCUA